AUGUCUUAUCAAAAUCCAGCAACCUUUUCACCUUACACACCACCCCCAGACGAACGAAAGUCGAAUCUUUAUCGAACGACCGAGCAGCUACCUGACGGCCAAAUAAAAAUUAACAAAUUUGAGACAAGUCUGCCAAUAAGAGUCGAUAUUGAAGCUGCUAUGACAUAUGCUUUAGGCUGUGUUACUGGUCUCCUAUUUUUAAUUGCUGAGCAAAAAAAUGAUUAUGUUCGAUUUCACGCAUGGCAG